UAACAUAAAUAAAAAAUUUCUUUAGGACACGUUUGUAGCCACACUCUCACCACUAGCCUAUAUAACUAGGCUUUUACCUUCGGAAUUAACACACCGUUUGUCUCGUUUCAGUUCUCAUUUUUCAACUACAGUCUCAAAAUCAUCUUCAAUGGCUCCAAUCACUGUGGGAGAUGCGAUUCCAGAUGGCACCUUAGCUUAUCUCGAUGAAGAAAACAAACCCCAGUCCGUUUCAAUUCACUCCCUCUCCGCCGGCAAAAAAGUCAUCAUCUUCGGUGUUCCCGGUGCUUUCACCCCCACUUGCAGUUUGAAGCAUGUGCCUGGAUUCAUUGAGAGAGCUGAAGAACUGAAAGGAAAGGGUGUUGAUGAAAUCAUCUGCAUCAGUGUGAAUGAUCCAUUUGUGUUGAAUUCAUGGGCCAAAACAUUCCCUGAGAACAAGCACGUCAAGUUCCUUGCUGAUGGCUCCGCCAAAUACACUCAUGCUCUUGGGUUGGAGCUUGACCUGACUGAUAAAGGCCUCGGCAUUCGCUCGAGGAGGUUUGCUCUUUUGGUGGAAGACUUGAAGGUGAAGGUUGCAAAUGUUGAAGGAGGAGGAGAAUUCACUAUUUCAAGUGCUGAAGAGAUCAUCAAGGCUCUUUGAAACCCUUAAUGAAUGUUUUUUUUAGUUUUUAUGAAAAUUCAGAACAUGAUAAUGGAUACAUUUUAUGUGGAAUGUUGUUGUGUAUUCUAGAAAAGGACAUGAUAUGUUGCAUAUUAUGGAGAAAUAAAAUUGCUUGUCUUAA